GUCGCCUUGCUCCCCCGCUCUUCACUUCGCCCUUGUCGAGCUUACUGUAGUCACCUGCUAUACACUCCGCUUACUGACGUGUGUGCUUCCGGCGUGUUGCUAAACAUCUUGUUGUAUACUCUUGUUUAACUUGUUUAUGUUGUGGAUGGUGUUGUCUUCACAAACACACAAUGCCUAUGUCAUGUGUUGCUUUUGGAUGCUUCAAUAAAGGAAAACUAGAGGGGAUAACUUAUCACAGUUUCCCAAAAGGCGCAGAACAACGGCAACGAUGGAUCAACGCAGUUAGAAGAAAGGAUUGGGAGCCGAAUCGUCACAGUAGACUCUGCUCUUCACACUUCCGGGAGGCGGAUAUCGACUGAACAUCUCUCUGCAGA